AUGGCAAAAUUGGAAAAAACAGAACGAGAUAAAAUUGAGGGACCUGAAACGGCUGUCGGUUCAGUGGUUGCCGCCGUUUUUCUGCUUCUGGUGCUCGAGGUGGCGGAGCUCCUCCGGCAAGGCGACGAGGUAGGAGAAGGCCAUCCCGCCGAAGCAGAUGUGAUAGAGGGGUUGAACGGAGCUGGUCUCGAUGUACUUAGCGUGGUAGCUGUCGAGGCCGCGCUGAAUUCCGUUCUUCAGGUAGCGUAUGGGGAAAAAGCUUCUCAUCGCCAUGCACGUGUUUUUCGGUGUUCGUGGGUGGUGGUGAUGAAAAUAAGCUUCUGA